CAGUGACCACCCGUAGGACACAGGCGGGCAAGAGCCGAGAAUAGCGCGACAACUUUCUUUUCUCAUCUAGCCCAAUUUAUUUUCGAUAGUCUUGCAAAAACAAGGAUUGCACUUGAUUUUAAACAAUGGCUUCACUGUCUAUCCAUUCAAGUGUGGAUUAUGCUAAAACCCUUCUCCCGGACUUUUGGGUGAGGUCCGUGUCAACUAUCCAAACAACAAUCUCACGCCGGAUCCUUCCCCCACCCCAGCCCCGUCCCUUCAGGCUCUGUACCCAGAGCCGAAGGCAGAGGAAAGGGUUAAUGGCCGCCUCCCUGGAUGACCUCCUAGACCAGACAGCAAGUGCCUUCCUGUUGACAUGCCAGUUCCUCAUCCUGGUGCUAGAGGAAGAUGGGACAGUGGUGGACUCUGAGGCCUUCUUCCAGUCACUGCCAGCCGAUACUCCAGUCAUGGUCCUGCAGAAGGGAGAGAUGUGGACUCGGGUCCUUCCAAGUUCCAGCCAGCCCAAUAGAAAUGGAAUCGGUAAAUUGAGUUUUGACCUGUACAAGUUGAACCCCAAGGACUUCAUCGGGUGUCUAACCAUCAAAGCGACUCUUUAUGAAAUCUACACACUGUCGUACGACGUUCAAUGCACCAGGGCCAAGGGUAUCUUGAAAGCUAUUCUGCGUUGUCUGACGUCUGUGGCGAGAGUGGCGGGGCAGCUGCUUCUGUGUGGUUCCUCGUACAUACUGCAGUACAUUGGGGACGAUGACUACUAGGACGUGACCAAAGUUCCAAAGCCCUGUUUGAGCUCUUUAAAAUGAACCAGGUGAAAUGUGUCCAGGGCCUCCUGAAUGCCAUUUGUCUCACUAAGUAA